CACUUGCGGAAUAAUAGUUUGGCCAUCACACUCUUACUCUUAGCAAGGGAUAGAUUAAUAUGCGAUAUUUUACCUCUAGAUGGUAAGCCGUCUAUCUCAACGACCCGUACCUAUUUCAUCAUCAAAAAUUACAAUUACCACAGCUAGCGAUUCAGACACUCGUCGUGGUACUUUGACGCGAUAGUUAUUUUUCAGAAGUGUGACUUUGAGUUCUAUACACUAGUUGUUUAAAAAUUCAGUACCGUCUAUCGAGGGUCGUUGGAAUAAGAGGCAACGCCAAUCACCACGGUAUAAAGGAAAGGAAAGUAAAAACCCAAAGUCGCAUUAACGCACGGUAUUGCUUUCCGAUCUUUCGUUUCUUUUUUCUGACCUAGAUUUUUUUCCAGGACUGACACAAAAAAAUGGCCUUGUCCGCUACCAAGAAAGCGAUUUUCAGCCUUUUCGUGCUGCUAGGAAGUAGUUCUUCCAUGAGCGGCACCAGCAUCUGCAUCCUGGUGAGCGCUAAAAAAUCAGCCUCGCCCACCACGACUGGGUUUCAGAAAAAACUUUCCCGUACGGAGUCGGGCGACUCGAACCAAAAUUCGACACAGGCUCCAGCGUCGCCUCUGCAGCGCUCGCUGUCUGCCGAUCCUUCGCCGCGGAAUAAUACUGAAGGGAUCAGUGUCGUGUCUUGUGAUGAAAUUCAAAAUCUGGUGACAGAUCGCCAUCGGCGCAGCGUCAAGGUUCGCUUUGAAAUUGUGGAAAAAAAUGGGCGGAAGCUGCACGACAAUCCCAUCAAUGUCACUUUUCCGGACCACCGGCCCAUGCGGGCCCUUUACGACACGGCCGCGAGGUUGAUCAAAAACUCGGACGUUACUAGUGAGCAGAUCGAACUUAAGAGAAUCGCCACAAAAAAUGGCCAGCGUGAGUACAAUCUCAGGUGGAACUCUACCAACCGGAGCCUAGCUUUGGCGAACUUUCCGACUUUGUUUCCCACGGGGGAGGGAGCGCCGGCUGUUCACCUUCAGGUGAAGGUGAACCCGGAUCGGGUUCUUGUGAAGGAACCAAGCACGACGACGCAUAGUACGGAAAUAAAGAACGCAAAGGAAAAAUCAAACCUGGUGCAACACCACGCAAACAAGGAAAACAUGCAGCAGGACCAAAUCGCACACAGGAUGAAGGUAGAAGAGUGGAUGAAGAAGCACGCCGGGGGCAAGUUUCACGUGCGAGGCGAGCGGCCGCCGGUAGAGACGCCAAAGGAUAAUCUGGCCCGGAUUCUCUCCAUGCGCGGUCCUGAUGCGCCCAAGCAGCAAUGCCAUCCACUUUUGCGGCCGUGCUAAGUACUUACCGAUUCAUCGUCAUGUCAUUCAGUAGUAAACAGUUCUGAGUCUGACGAAUCGUGAUACGCGGUCGACAUCGCUUGAUAUUUAUGAUUUUGAAUCUAAAGGGAACUACUAGUUUCAAAUGUUUUGAGGAGAGGCGUUGUUGUCUUUCACUACAGCAUUACAUGUCGAGCACGACAAUAUCAUGAUGCAUCUCGAUAGUUGUUGUACUGUUAAGUUGUAUUCAUCGAGAAUUUUAGAUAGCACUGGAUGGGAGAAUACUGGUUUUGAAAACCCCCUGGUUCUCUGCCCGGCGGGAGCAACUUUCUUGCUGCGCAAUGGCCAUGGCUUGGUUGCAAGUGCAACAGAGCCUGAUGUGAUGCUCACUGCGCAAGACCGCAAAUGUUUCGCUGUCACCAUGCUUAUUUCGAGAUAUGUGCGAAAGACAAGAAAAAGAAUCUGAUGAGACAAAG